AAACUUCAUCUGAAACUUAACCUAAUAGGAUUUUGUUAAAGAUGGUGGCAUAUUUUCCCUCGAAACUUAGACUAGCAGUUCUACCCGGGACCAAAGGCAUAGAAGUUACAAGAGUCGACAACACUACCAUUAUUUCAGGACUUGAAGGAGAAUUUAUAAAACUAUUGGCACGCGCAUUAAAUUUCGAAUAUGAGAUUUUUAUUCCCCCAGAUUUUUACGGUGACAUGGAUGCAUCCGGAAACUACACUGGAAUGAUGGGAAUGCUGCAAAGAAAUGAAGUUGAUAUGGGAUUCACCUAUUUGGAUGUCACCUAUGAGCGUUCGAAAGUUGUGGACUCCAGUGUACCUUACUACCAACUUGAAAAAACAUUUAUGAUGAAUCAAGCUCCGUUCUUGUCAAAAACAUCAGCAUUCAUGUAUCCUUUCGGCACACUUACGUGGAUUUUAUUCCUUAUCGUACUGCUCUCUAUGUCAUUGCUAUUUCAUACUUUGAUUUCGCCAAAAGAUUCCAUUAUUUCUGUUUUCUUCAAUUUGUGGGGAUCUUCUUUCGGACAAGGAAUGAACUACAACCCUCGCUCACUGUCCAGGCGGAUACCACUUGGAAUUUGGCUCCUUUAUUCAUACGUGCUAAUUUUAUGUUACAGCUCAGUCUUGUUAUCAUUUUUGACAGCUCCCAUCAAAAUGAAACAAAUAAAAGACUUCAAGGAUCUCUAUCUCGCAGUCAGAGAGGGGAAGAUGAAGUGUCUAUCAUCGGUGCAAUCUAAGGAACUAGAUAAUUUGUUAAAAAGCCAAGUACCUCAUUUAAGAGGAUUAGGGGAAUACAUUAAAAAGAAUUACUGGUUUUACUAUCUCCCUGAAGAAGUCAAAGUUCCGGAACAUGUAGCAAUACUUGGUACUCCUGAUCUAUUUCGUGUGGCUAUUGGGCCACCUGAAAAGUACUUUUAUUCGAAGGAUACUUUCGCAUAUAUUCAUAUCGGGGUUGGAAUUAGAAAAACAUUUUGCUGCAAAGAGCGCUUCAAUACAAUCGUACUACGAAUUUUAAGUGGUGGCCUAUAUAAUAAAUUCAGAGAAGAUUUCUUCUUUAAAAAAGAUUUAACAAGGAAUUUGAACACAGACUAUUCUCAGAGCACAUUAACAUCACCUUUAGGGUUAUCAAAUUUAAAUGGAGUGUUUAUUAUACUUGGUAUUGGCUGGAUAGCAGGUAUUAUAGCUUUAAUAAUGGAAAUCAUCUGCAGUCGAUGGUUACGUUCAAAAUAUCGCUAA